AUGCACUCCUCUACAUUUCUACCCCUAGCAUUUGUCUCACUUCUCUUUGUGUCUCUCCUUGCUGGUGGAGGGGAGGGGCAUGCGGGUCUACACCGUCACUCCCCCACUCCCCUCCCCUUGUGGCCGUGCAGGUGCCUGUGGGGAUGCGAGCAGGAGGCAGCGCAGCAGCACACUGGAAUUGGCGUGACCAGGGAGAGUAUGGGGUGGGCUGGCCUCUCAAGCUCCCCUCCGUUCUCUCAUUCCCAUUUCUGUCUGCUUGAGUGUCUUGCUGUUUACAAGCCCGCUUCUCUUUACGCCAGCUCACCAGUUCCUCCUGCUGCUCUUCUCCUGUCCCUCCCCCCCUUCUCUGCCCUCUACCAGGCAAGGCAAGACAGCAACACAACGACAGCCGAGCAGCAGAGUGGGAAGGCUGGGAUGAGGGCUGCCGUGGAGGGUAGUCACCCAGUGGUGCUUCAGCUGCCUUGUGCUCGCCCUCACACCAUCCGCUCUCACGCCUUCACCUCUCACGCCACAAGCUAA